UGUUGGUGAGACUUGGUUCAAAGAGGAGAGCAAAAUGCACAUCCCUGGGUUGCAACCUCAGGCUCAGUUGCUGGGUGGCCCGGCUUGCAGAUAUCCAGACACGGUCCUCUCAUCUCCCUGCCAGAUUGUGGGCAAUGGAGGCAAUAUCCUGCCUGCGGGAGAAGUGGGGAGUAUUGCCAUCUGUGUUAGACCCUCCUGGCCCUUCUGUUUCUCCAACUGCUAUUUGCUUUGUGAGGGAGAGGAGGGCAUGUCAAAGAGUUUGUUUUUCUCGUCCAGCUACUGGAUCGUGCCCGCUGAAGUGGAAAGUGCCCUUGCUGAGCACCCAGUUGUCCUGGAAUCUGCUGUGGUCAGUAGCCCAGACCCCACCACAGGGGAGGUGGUAAAGGCAUUUAUAGGCCUUUCUCCAGCCUACUCCUCUCAUGAUCCAGAGAAACUAACCCAGGAACUCCAGGAGCAUGUGAAAAGGGUGACAGCUCCAUACAAGUACCCUGGGAAGUCACAAGGUGACCUUUGUUUCAGAACUGCCAAAGACAGUUUCUGGAAAGAUCCAGAGGAGUAAAGUGAGAAGCCAAGAGUGGGGGAGAUGAGGGGCAGCCCCAGAAAGGCCGCUUGCCGCCUCAAAGCUUCUAAGAAGAGCUGGUGGGAUCACUGGUUAGUCCUCACUUAGAGCAUCAUCUUUUCAGCCCUAUAGACAUCAAAGGCUUUCAGCUUCAAAAUUAGCAUCUCCAGAAUCAUUGUAUGGCCCUAGAAGAGGGCAGAAGAACCUCCCAGAGGUUCAGAGCCACUGCCAGCCCAGCAAACGUUUGGCAGCUUACUCCCGUCUGUCUGCUGGCAUCCUUAGCGGCUGCCCACUGGUCUUACUUGCUAAGAGUGUCCAGCUGGCCCUCAGAAGGACAGGUGACCUCAGUGUCGGGGCACCUGUGAUCCUGUGCACUGCCAGGGUGAAUGUGACCACUUGACCCUUUGGUAAAGCCAUUUGGUAAUCACAUCCAGUGCCAUGAAAAACUGGUCAAACCCUGUAGCUCAGCGAUUCCGUAUUUGGGAAUCACUACAAAAGAUUAAAAAGAUGUUUACCAUAAUAUUGUUUAAAACCACAAAAAAAGAGAAAAGGAAAGAAAAUUGAUGUCAAAGCAAUAGGGCAAUGAUUAAAUUGUAGUAGAUUAACUCAGUAACACAUUUUGCGGCCAUUAAAAACAUGCCUUCGGGAAAACUUGAGCAAAAUUAAUUUUAAAUCACAAUUAAAGAUAGUAUUUAUAUAGUGGGAAAGCCUCAGCUUUGAAAGGUUAAGGAAAAACUAUAAAUGGAAAAGCAGUUGGAAGGAAAUUCAUUAAAAUGUUAGUAACACUUUUUCUGGGUAUUGAAAACAAUGGAAGACAGUUUUCUUCUUUCCUCUACAUUUAUACAUCAUCCCCAAAUGUUAGUGUAUUACCUGUACCAGGAAGGCACAAGGACCCUGUAGCCACAUCCCAGGCCCAGAAACGGAAAGGGUGGCUCUGGGCAGCUGAGACCAGCCAUGCGGAGAAGCUGAUGGAAACUCAGACCGGACCCCAGCACCUCCAUUCACCCACAAGUCAGUGUUUCCAGAGCACCAGCCCAGUGGCAGGCUCUGGGAAUGCAAGGAUAAGCAGAGCCCGGGCAGUCCCCACCUGCUCAGGUUGCCCUAAGAGUACUACAGCCUGGAUGGCUUUCACAGCCGACUGAUUUCCUUGGUGUUGGCGGCAGGAAGUCCAAGACCAAGGUGUUGGCCAGGCUGGUUUCAUUCUGAGGAUUCUCUUCUUGAUUUGUAGAUGGCCACUUCUCCUGUGUCUACAUGUGACCUUUUCUCUGUGUGUGUCUGAAUUCUAAUUUCCUCUUCUUAUAAGAACACCAUUCAGACUGUGUAAUAUUGUGAAGAUGAAAUUAUAUUCAGUUUAGGGCCCAUGCCAAUGGCCUCGUUUUAAUUUAAUCACCUCUUUAAAAGCCCCAUCUCUGAAUACAGGUGCAUUCUGAGCACCUGGGGAUUAGCAUAUGAAUUUGGGGGGAAUACAAUUUGGCUGGUGACACUACCCUUGCGGAGUUUACAGUGAGUGUGGAGGCCACUGUUAUUCAUCAAAGAAUAAUGCAAAUAAUGCACAACUGUACUAAGUUCCCUGAAGGGCCUAGUGUAGUUAAAACAGAGGCUGGGGGACUCAGGGUAUCAGAAUCUUCCAUGAGGAGGUCCCUGGUGAGCUGGGAUUGAAGGAAAGUGGAAGUUACAUAAAGAGAUUGGGGCUUAGCUUUCUGAACAAAGGCUACAGUUUGUGCUAAGGCCUUGAGGUGGGAAAGACAGGUGUGUAUUCCUUAGAACAGUUCCUGCUCAACACCAGCUCUGUCGGCAGAGUUCCAAAUGUUUGAACUCUCAACCAUCCUGUUGGAUGGGUACUGAUAAUACCCUCUUUUUACAGCUAGAACAGAGAAGUUAAGCAAUUUGCUAAAGUCCACAUAGCUGGUAUCUCACAGAGAGGAUUCAAACCCAGCUGGUCCAGCGCCUGUGUCCACACUUCAUAAUGGAUUGACGGCCUGGUUUAGGAAUUUGUUUUUCUCCUACGAGUGCUAGGGAGACAUUGAAGGUUUGUGGCAAAGAAAUGAUCUUCUUAAAGUUUCAUUAGCCCUUAAAAAGAAAAAAAAACUUGUCCAAGUGAUCAUGGUCUUUACAGCAUUCCUGGGCUGGGCAAAUUCUCUUACGGGUGGCAAUCAAAGGGCUUUGGCACCCAGGAGGGGGCGCCAGAGACAAGGAAAACACGCAAGUCUGACUCCUCAACACCGUUUGUGCUCUUGGACUGCCCCUCCUCGGGUCCCCGCUGAAACAUCUGACUCCCCAGACAGCUCUCCAUUGUCACCGCAGACCCGAAAGGAAAAAGCUCAUCUCCAAAAGGAAAACGGCAAAACUCCUAGCUGCAGCUUCCCCACAGGAGCCAGGCACCACCGCCCCACUAGCAACCCCAGCCCGUCAUCGGUCAUCAAGGCAGCAACACGGGCUACAGCCACCACGUUGUUGACAAUUUAUUCCCUGCCAGACAUAGUGCUAAAUGCCCCACUGACACCCUCUAAUUCAGUUACUCUAUUCCCAUCCUGCCUUCAUGACUGUAGCUCUAUCCACCUGCCAUCUGUGCUAUAAAUCAACUUUUAAAAGAAAAUAUCUUUAAGCAAUGUAAUAUGUA